AUGAUCUGUUCUAAGAAACAUCAUCAAUGUUUAUUGUUUCACUAUUUUAUAUUUCUUAAUAUAAUCCAGUCCAAUUUAAUUACGGAACAAACAUGUCAAAAUGAUAUACCAGAUUUUUUUAAUAAUGUUAAUUUUGGUGGUCCAUUAUUCGAUCAAUCUGUUUAUACAAUAACAACAUCAAGUUUUUCUGUAUUAUCUCCAAUAAAUACACCUGUAUUUAUAUUUAAUAUUCAACCACAAACAAUUUAUACACGAUCAAGUUUUAUUUCAACAUCAGUUACUGGACGUGCACUUAAUAUAACACCAGAAAUUAUAACAGUAACAUCAAAUAAUCCAGAUUUUAUUGUUAAUAGUUUAUCAAAUGGUUCUUAUGCUCUUGUUACUAAUACAUUUCCAUUAAAUUACUUUUCACCUUAUAAUCGUUAUUUAUUUAAUCUUAUUGCAACACAAACAUAUCCAAAUCGACCAUUAGUAAGUUCAACAGCAAUUGUUCAAAUAAAUUUAGAAAAUUAUAAUGUUCAUGCACCUAUAUUUAUACUAUCAAAUCAAAUAUUUUCAAUAAGUGAAACAGCUAUUAUUGGUACACGUUUUGGUACUGUUUAUGCAACUGAUGCUGAUAAUGAUGGAAUUAUUUAUUCAAUUAGUAGUAGUCAAUUUUCAAUUGAUUCAUUAACAGGUGUUUUACAAUUACAACAAACACUUCAAUCAUCACCAGCAUCACAAUAUUUUGUUAAUGUAACAGCAAGUGAUGAUGGUACAUCAUGUUCACCAGCACGUUCACCAUGUCCAAGAUUUUCAACAUCAACUAUAAUAACAAUUAAUGUUACAGCUGUUAAUAAACGAUCACCACAAUUUUUAAAUCAAAUAUGUGGUUCAACUGUUUCAUUUUAUGAAAGUAAUACAAUUGGUGCUAAUAUAACAACAUUAACGGUAUUUGAUGAUGAUCGAGGUGAAAAUGGACAAAUAUCAAUAUCAUUUCCAUCGGAACAAUCAAGAACGAUAGUGAGUGGUUUAAGAAAUACGGCUUAUUCACAAUUUUAUAUACAACAAUUAACACAAACGGGUACAACUCGAACAGCUGUAUUACGAAUAAAUACAUCAUUUGAUUAUGAUGCACCAGGUGCUACACGUGUUUGGUAUUUGUUCGUAUUAGCUACUGAUAAUGGUACACCACAACGACAAUCGUUCUGUAGUUUACGUAUUAAUUUACUUGAUUUAAAUGAUAAUCCACCAGUAUUUAUAAUGACAUCAUGGAAUUAUACAAUAUAUCGUUCAGCAUUUGGAAAUUCUAAUAAUGCACGUUUUUUACGUAUAAUUGCAUCAGAUGCUGAUUCUGGUUUAAAUGGUAUGAUUAAUUAUUUUAUUGGUACAAUUAAUGUUCCAUAUUUUACAAUAAAUCAAACAACAGGAACAAUUAUACUUCGUGAUAAUGUACCAGGUGUAUUUAGUUUAGAUGUUAAUCAAUUUCCAAUAACAUUUCAAGUUUAUGCACAAGAUCGUGGUUCACCACCACGAGUUAGUGAAGCUAAUGCAACGGUAACAAUUUAUUAUAAUAAUGGUAAUGAUCCACCACCAGCACGAUGGAGUGAUCCACGUUAUGAAGAAUUAAAUUUUCCAAUUAUUGAAAAAUAUUAUGAAAUAUAUAGAAAUCAACCUAUAUUUAAUCUUAGUUAUGGUUUUAAUGGUACUAUUAUUUAUCAAUUAACAUCACAAACAUCAUCUAUUAUGACUGUUCGUAGUCCUUUUCAAAAUACAUAUAUACCAUUUAGUGAUGUACCUGUAUCAAGAAAUGGAAAUAUAUUUAGUAGUGGUAUUGUUGUUACAAGUGGUCUUCAUGCUGAAAUUCAAAGUGUUUAUUUAAUAUAUAUUCGUGUACUUGUUAAUCCUCCAUUAAUUGGUUCAACAACAAUAACAUUAAUUGAUCAAAAUGAUCAAAUACCAACAUUUGAUAUACGUUCAAUUGUAUUAAGUGUUGUUGAAAAUGAAAAUGGAAAUCGUAUUAUUGCACAAAUUCAAGCAUUUGAUCGUGAUGUUGAUUAUCCAAAUAAUUAUGUACAAUAUCGUUUAAAUGGAAAUUUAAGUGAUUCAGAAGUAAAUGGAAUUUUUUUUGUUGCUUCAAAUGGUACAAUAUGGACAAAUGCAACAUUUGAUUGUGAAAGUAAUAAAACUCUUUAUCAUUUAUUUAUAACUGCAUAUGAUGGUGCACCAGCAUGGAAUGCAUUAAAUAAUGAACCAAAUACACAAGAUUUUCAAUUCGAUAUUCAAGUUAUUGAUGUUAAUGGUGUUCCACCAGUUUUUAUUAAUUCAUCAUCAAUAACAAUAUCAAUAAAUGAAACAACAAUGAAUGGUACAGGAAUUCUAAAUUUAACAAUAAUUGAUACAGAUUUUGAUACAAUACCUGAUUUUGGAAUAUUAAGUGGAAAUACAAAAAAUGUUUUUUCAUUUAAUUUAUUAUCUGAUAAUAUAGCUGAUUCAUCACGUAAACAAUAUAUUGCUAUUGGACAACUUUAUGUUGCUGGUCCAUUAAGUUAUGAAAUAACACCUAAUUAUACAUUAGUUUUAUUUGCAUUUGAUACACAAAAUUUAGCAACAAUAACAGUUACAAUUAAUUUAUUACCACAAAAUACUAGAGCACCAUAUUUUAAUUUAAUACCAGGUUUUACGUCUUAUCAAUAUGAAGUUAAUGAAGGAACUGCAAUUUCUAGACUUAAUGGACCUGUUAUUCGAGCGACUGAUCCUGAUAUUCCCGCUACAUCAAUUGUUUAUGAUAUUGUAACUAAUAAUAAUCAAUUAAAUUUAAAUAAUUUAUAUUUAAAUCAAACAAAUAAUGAAACAACAAUUGGUAUAUCAUUACCUGGUCUUUCACGUGAUUUACCAUUUGGUUAUUCGACAUAUAAUUUUUCUAUUCGAGCAACAGAUGAAGCUGGUUUAGGUGUAUCAAGUUAUGUACCAAUUAGUAUUAAAGUUAUUGAUAUAAAUAAUAAUGCACCAAUACCAACGAAUUCACAUUGGAUAUUAAAUGAAAAUGUAAUAAAUCCAAGUACUACAGUAAUUUUUACUGAUUAUGAUGAUCCAACACAAUAUAAUACAAUACCAUUUCGUGUUGAAAUUUUAAAUUCACCAGGUUUU